AAACCAAUAAUGUGGCCAAACCCCGUCAUUGAAGAAAUUGACAUGCUGCAGGGAAGCACUGUUUCUCAACUAAAACACCAACUGCACAAACACUUGAAAUGCAAGACAUAUUUAAUUGUUUUGGAUGAUGUCCCUAACACUCUGCUUUGGGAUGAUAUCCACCAAUGUUUUCCCAAUGACUCAAUUGGAAGUCGGAUAUUGGUAACCACUCUUUUCACUGAUGUGGUUGAGUACAUCUGCAAAGAUCGGGGUAUCAUCAUGAGGCUGCCUUACCUAAAUUACGACGAGAGUUGGGUUCUAUUUUCUCACAGAUUUUCUCUUAAACAGCAUAUGACACCCAAAUUUGAAGAAAUUGCGAAGCAUCUUGUUGAGGAAUGCAGAGGGUUGCCCCGCUCAAUUGUUACAGUUGCAGACCGUCUAUCUACAUGCAACUGCACAUUGAAGGAAUGGAAGAAGAUCGAGAAAGAAUUACUGUCAUUGGGAACUCUACAUAGAGAUAAACGACACUUGAUAUUCAGACACACUAGAAUCAGAAGAAUCAGAAGAAGACCAAGAAAAAGAAGAAGAAGAACAGGCCAGGCUUAAUUUAAUAUACACACAUUUAAUUUGUUUGCAUGUUUAGUAUUCAUAUUUGGCCUGCUCAUUUUAUAUAUAUAUAUUUAUUUAUUUAUUCAUUCAUUUUCGAUGAUUUUUAUGAUAUUUGUCUGGUUGGUUUGCCAAUAUGAAGGGACUAAAAAAUGUAUUCAAUAAUAAUAUCAGGAAAAAGAAGAAGAGUCAGAAGAAGAGUAUGAUGGAUGGCAGUAUACAGAUACGGAAGAGUCAGAAGAAGAAGGACAUGAUGUAUGAGGCUAUCAUAGCUACAUAUGACUUUGCCUUCCAUUUUCAUUCUAGAAUUUCCCACUUUUUGGUCAUAUAUAUUUUAACUUUUAUAUCAUUGUGAGGCAAAUGUGCCUUAACUUUCCUCAUAUUAUUU